GCUCCUCGUGGAGUGGCCUUUGACGCUCGGCUUUCUCCGCCCCUUUCCGAAAUCUCCCGAAGUCCUGAGUUAACUUCGACCCCGGCAGGCCCGUCUGGUCUGAGAAGUUUGUGUAAACGUGAGUGCUUGCUGAGUUGGUUUGAGCCACGUCACUGACAGAAGACGAGUAGUGCAGCUGAUCACUGAGGGUUCUGAUUGAGAAAUGUGCAGCAGAGCUAGGUGAUCGACGAGACGCUUUCUUUUCGACUGUACAUUUUCAUAGAUCGUAUUUGUGAACCUAUAAUUUGACAGAAAUGAUAACUUUAACCAUGAUUGCGCGCGUCCAGGAUGGACUGCUUCUUGCCGCUUCAAUGCAGGAGAGCGAACAGACAGGUAGAAAUCUUCAGGAAUAUCAGAGCCAAGCAAAACAACUUUUCCGAAAGCUGAAUGAGAACUCGCCGACACGCUGCUCCCUGGAAGCUGGUCCCAUGAUGUUCCAUUUCCUGAUUGUUCACGGGGUUUGCUAUCUGGUAUUGUGUGAUGGCUCAUACCCAAAGCGAAUGGCCUUCGCAUAUCUGGAAGAGUUGCAGACUGAAUUUAGUGAACUGUAUGGGAAACGCCUUGCUUCAGUGUCUCGCCCAUAUGCCUUUAUUGAGUUUGACACCUACAUUCAGAAGCUAAAAAAAAAUUAUCAAGACUCAUGGUCCCGAAGACACCUAACAUCUGUUAAUACAGAGCUGCAAGAUGUCCAGCGGAUUAUGGUAACUAAUAUUGAGGAAGUCUUACAGAGAGGAGAGGCCCUGUCAGCAUUGGACUCCAAAGCCAGCAACCUUUCUGCACUUUCCAAGAAGUAUCGGCAAGAUGCAAAAUACCUCAACACUCGAUCCAUGUAUGCCAAGAUUGGAGCUGCCAGCGCAGUCUGCAUUGUUCUAUUCCUGUAUGUUCGGUUUUGGUGGCUUGUCUGAAGUGUAACCGUGAACUUUUUAAUUUCAUGGACCAUUGAGUGGAAUCUUUCUGAAUUUCUCUGAAAGUUUCUAGUUUUUUUGGCUGUUCUGGACCACAUGCGACAAGUUACUUUGACUAACAGCCUGUUUAUUAGGCUUUCAGUUUAACAUCUUUUCUUAUAUUAAUUUUGUGGGGUCACACUGAGAAACAAGGUGAAAUGUGUCACCUCAACACAAAGCUGACACUUCUGGAAAACAAAAAAUAAAACUUUCAAGAUUAGAAUGGUAUGUUCAAUAGUAUAUAAUAUCUACCUUUGGAUCUCAAGUCAGUCAAUUUAUGUACUGCUAUUUUUUCUGAAAAGAAAUUAAUGCUUGAUAUGUUAUACUUUUUACUACCAAAUGCAUCCACCUGUUUGGUUUACAGUAUUGACAGAUUUGAACUGUAAUUUUAUAGCAUUGCAUCCUUAGUAGGUGAGAAGCAGAAGAUGAUGGUCGUAUGAAGGAAUGUAUGCAUUGGUUACAUCUGCUUAUGAGCCAGGGUUAAACAUGAUAAACAGCAGACCCUAUAUGUGGGGAUUCUUAUCUGAGGGGUGGCAAGAUGGUUGUGAGGCAGACCGUAUAUAAUAUAAUAUAUAUAUAGAAGUUGGUGUUAAUUUACUGUGACCAUGGGACUGUCAGCUAUGUUAUGUGUUGGGAUUCAUGUUUAACACCGGACACUCCACAUCUUUUAACAACAACAAGAAGCGGUUCUCAAUCCAGUUAUUUUUAUGAAUAAAUAUAUAUUUAUGCAAAGGC